AACUGUGACCGAUAAGAGCAAAAGAGAGAGAGAGACAGAGAGUGAUUCACAAGGACGAGAGCUCCUUCCCGCAAAGCAAUGCCUGCCAUCACCUGAAUUCCAUGCUCUUUUUCCAUUUCUUCACAUUGCUUUCGUCCCUUUCACUGUCUCUGCCUAUGAAUUUUCAAGAUCUUCAACGGCAACGCUUUAUCUGAGAUACGUUUUUUAAGAGGAAUGCUUGAUCCGGCCUGAAAUAUUCGAUUGUUUAGUUUUUUCUGCUUCAUUUUCUCCCAUUGCAUUAUCGAAGGCUUAGGACGUCUAUGUUAUUUGCUUAAUCAGAAGUUGGAUUUUAGGUUGAUUUUCAGAGAGCAUGGCGUCAUGGGAUCAAAUGGGGGAACUGGCCAAUGUGGCGCAGUUGACUGGCGUAGAUGCUGUGCGAUUGAUUGGGAUGAUUGUAAGGGCUGCAAGCACUGCGCGGAUGCAUAAGAAAAACUGCAGGCAGUUUGCACAGCAUUUGAAGUUGAUUGGGAACUUGCUGGAGCAGCUCAAGAUCUCAGAGCUGAAGAAGUACCCAGAAACUAGGGAGCCUCUGGAGCAGCUGGAAGAUGCCCUUAGAAGGUCUUACAUAUUGGUCAAUAGUUGCCAGGACCGUAGCUACCUUUAUUUGCUGGCUAUGGGCUGGAACAUUGUUUACCAAUUCAGGAAGGCUCAGAAUGAGAUUGAUAGAUACUUGCGUCUCGUUCCUCUCAUUACACUUGUGGAUAAUGCUCGAGUCAGGGAGAGACUUGAAGUUAUUGAGAUGGAUCAACGUGAAUACACAUUGGAUGAUGAGGACCAAAAGGCACAGACUGUUAUUUUCAAACCUGAGCCUGACAAAGAUGACACUGCAGUGCUGAAGAAAACUCUUUCCUGCUCUUACCCCAACUGUUCUUUUACUGAAGCGCUUAAAAAAGAAAAUGAAAAACUUAAAUUAGAGCUACAACGGUCGCAAGCAAGUUUGGAUAUGAAUCAGUGUGAAGUCAUUCAACGUUUAUUAGAUGUCACAGAAGUUGCAGCUUAUUCUCUUCCAGAGAAAUGCUCACCAGGGAAAAGUCAUAAGAAAGAGGAAUACAGUCACCCUGAUGCCAACAGUGACAAGGAUCAUUCAUCUGAUGAAAAAUACCAUGCAAAAAUUGACAAGCAUUCCCCAUCAAGAUAUUCAGUUGCACAAAAGGAUCUACUGUCAACUGGAGGUUCAUAUCAGCAGGAAGAUUGGCAUACUGAUUUACUUGCAUGUUGUUCUGAACCAUCUCUUUGUUUGAAGACAUUCUUCUAUCCUUGUGGAACAUUUUCAAAGAUUGCUACUGUUGCAACGAACAGGCCCAUAUCCUCUGGGGAAGCAUGUAAUGAGUUGAUGGCAUAUUCAUUAAUUUUGUCUUGUUGUUGCUAUACUUGCUGCGUAAGGAGGAAGCUUCGGAAGAUGUUGAACAUCACAGGUGGCUUUAUUGAUGAUUUUCUCUCUCAUUUGAUGUGCUGCUGCUGUGCCCUUGUGCAAGAAUGGAGAGAAGUGGAGAUCCGUGGGAUUAGUGGUCCUGAGAAGACCAAAACAAGCCCUCCGCCCUCUCAAUAUAUGGAAUCUUAAAUUAACAAAUGAGUCAUUUGGUUGUUUAGGGAUUCAAGGGUCCUUGAAGACCAUAUUAAAUAGAGGCUACUUGGCUGUUAGAAUUCUCACAGGAAGGCAGGAAUUAUGUAUUUUUAUUCUCACCGCACCUGGCCUC